AAAUCACGGGGCAUCUGUCAGGAAAAAUAACAACAACAAGCAGAUCAAGAAAAAAACACGCUCAUGCCGAAAAAAGGACCGUCGCUGGAUGUUAGUUGUGUUGUUAUAGGGGGGGUGCAGGCCUAACUUGUUACAGGAUUCAAAGACGCUCUUACAGACAAAUGAACUGAAUAAUUGACAUCCAAUAACUAAAUAACAGCGGGGGGAAGAAGAAAAGGCAUCCACCGAUCUCGCCGAUUCUUUGACACGAACAGCACCACAGACUUCUCAAUGAAGGAGCCUGACGCAAUCAAGCUCUUCAUCGGGCAGAUACCCCGAAACCUGGAGGAGAAGGACCUGAAGCCCAUCUUUGAGCAGUUUGGCAAGAUCUACGAGUUGACGGUGAUAAAGGACAAAUACACGGGGAUGCACAAAGGAUGUGCCUUCCUGACAUAUUGUGCACGUGAGUCCGCCCUCAAAGCCCAGAAUGCACUGCACGAGCAGAAGACACUACCGGGGAUGAACCGUCCAAUCCAAGUGAAGCCAGCGGACAGUGAGAGCAGAGGGGAAGACAGGAAGCUGUUUGUGGGUAUGCUGGGAAAACAGCAGACGGACACCGAUGUGAGAAAGAUGUUUGAGCCGUUUGGCAGUAUAGAGGAGUGCACAGUGCUCCGCGGGCCCGACGGUACCAGCAAAGGGUGUGCAUUUGUGAAGUACCAGAGCAACGCAGAGGCCCAGGCCGCCAUCAAUGCCCUGCAUGGGAGUCGUACUCUACCAGGUGCCUCGUCCAGCCUGGUGGUGAAGUUUGCUGAUUCAGAGAAGGAGCGAGGGCUCCGGCGGAUGCAGCAGGUGGCCUCUCAGCUGGGUGUCAUCAGUCCCAUGACCCUGCACCUCGGGGCCUACAACGCCUACACACAGGCCUUGAUGCAGCAGCAGGCCCUGGUGGCGCAGUCGGCCUACCUCUCUCCUGUUGCCACGGUGGCGGCGGUUCAGAUGCAGCAGCUCGCCGCCCUCAACCCCAGCAGCAUCAUUGCCACGCCGAUCGCAUCCAUCACCCCCUCCUCAGGUACCAGCACUCCGCCCUCCAUCUCCGCCACACCUGUUCCUGCUCUGCCUCCACCAAUCGCAGUGAACAGCUACGCCUCUGUGCCAGCUCCACCCAACGGCCAAUCAGCAACUGAAGCCCUGUACACCAAUGGAGUUCAUGCCUAUCAAGCUCAGAGUCCUGUCCUGGACCCCCUGCAGCAAGCUUAUACAGGCAUGCAGCACUAUACAGCCACCUACCCUGCUGCCUACGGCCUGGUGGGACAGCCGUUCCCCCACCAGCCCACACUGGUGGCUCAGCAGCCGCAACAACCGCAGCAGCUGCAGCAACGAGAAGGUCCUGAGGGCUGCAACAUCUUCAUCUACCACCUGCCACAGGAGUUCACCGACUCCGAGAUACUGCAGAUGUUCCUUCCCUUCGGAAACGUCAUUUCUGCAAAGGUCUUUGUCGACCGCGCCACCAACCAGAGUAAAUGCUUUGGUUUCGUGAGUUUUGACAACCCAUCCAGCGCCCAGACUGCCAUCCAGGCCAUGAACGGCUUCCAGAUCGGUAUGAAGAGACUGAAGGUGCAGCUGAAGAGGCCCAAGGAUGCCAACAGGCCUUACUGAAGGAGGAAAAACCUAAGAGUUCAAUCAAGAGAAACCACUUGGGAUGUCCCAGCCUUUUUUGGUUGUUUGACCAACCGUAUAGCACAGGAGCAACACUUCACAAAAAGCAGUAUCACGUGUAUGCGCUUACAGAAACAACAAACAACAGCAGUAAUAUCAGCAACAAAAUACAUCUACAGAAUCCGCAUCCGCAAUAUCCGAAGUGCUCCAGAUUUCCUAUCAUUCCACAGCUGGAUCCAUUUAUAUUAUGUACAUACUCUAUUGUCGGCAACGAGAUCUACGUGUUAAGAAAAAGCAUAUCACUGAUGUUAUUCUUCUGAACAGGGUUCUACUGUAUAGUGUGAUUUGUGGUCAUUAACAGAAGGCCAGUCUACACAGUCGGAGGCAAAAGAAAAUACUAUUCUGUAUGAUUACCAUUGGUAAUAUUGUUAUGUAGAGUUAGUUUUAUUAUUUAUACGUAAAUUAAAAAAACAUGGGGUGAUUAAACUGGAAGAGAUUUCCUCUCACUGUAUAUACCUUGGUUUUAAAAAUGAAGUCAAAGGAGUUGAGAUUCUCUGCUGCCACUACUUUUCAAAUUAACAAAGCGGAAGGAAUGACUGGGAAUUUUUCUAUCUUGAUUUUUUACGUUUAAUUUAUUUGGUAAUCAAUUUGA